UUCAUAUUUUGACCUGAUUGCCCACACCUGCGCGUGUGGACCAGCGGCGCCACGUGCUCGGUGUUGUUGACCUCGAGCUGUUGGCGGAGAGACGCUCUCGGUUUUUUCGCAGGUUUCCUUGUUUAUGAUGGAGAAACCAAUGCUAAUGUCGGCCGCUCUUUUCUCUCUCCACACGGUUGUCCCCCUGCUGCUUCUCACCUCCAGCUGCCCGCUGCUCGGGUCCUCUGUGGCCGCCCCCGGUGCUGCACUGCGCCGCCCUGGCGAGCUGAGCUUCCCGUACAGCAGCAUCUUCUCCCCGCUGCUCAAAGCCCUGUCAGAGCACGGGGGGCCCAGCUGGAGCCGGGGACUCAGGAAGAAGGCAAGGCCCGAGCACCGGUACAUGAAAUAUCUGACCGAGGUUUACAAGCCGUCCUCCAGGGUGCAGAGGAGUCUGGACGGGAGCACAACCUACAACACGGUGCGACUGAUCAAGCCCCAAGAUGAAUGUCUUGCACGAAGUAAUAAAGAGAGUUGUAUGCAGGAUCUUUCCUACAGUCUCGAUCAAGUAAGAACAAAAGAACAGCUUCUCAAGUCGGCUCUGCUGUACAAUUUUGACCAUGACGGCCUAGCAUCCAUAAACUCUGUUUGCUACCUGAGUGUCAAGGAGCAGGAGCAUUCAAACUAUUGUCUGCUGUGUCCCGUAAUCCACCAUCCUGUCAACUUCACAACCGACGCUGACAGGAGGAGCAGGAAGGACUGGGCGGAAGUUGACAUCACCUCAUUUGUCCAGCCUCUCUUAAAUAUUCAGAAGAAGAACAUACACCUGCUCAUCAACGUUACCUGUCCGGAGGAACAAAGAGUCAGGGCCAAUGGGAGUAAAGGUCCACUGGAGUUCACCCUGAGGCCCCCUCCUCUGCUUCUUUAUCUCCAUGACACCAGCAAAACCAAGCAACAGAAGUCCCUGGUCGAUUCCAAAGCGAGUGUAAAGCCAAGCACUGCAGCGAACGCGUUUCAUAAGCAGAUGGUCCUCAAAUCAGAGCAAAGGUUUGGGCGUAAAAGGAGAUGGAAGAGACAAUGUCUGAAGAGCAAAGACGGUGAUAAAACCCUGCCUGAGCUGCUCCCGAUCUCUGUAUUCCCAACAAGUCACUGUGCCUUGUAUGACUUUAGGGUGCGAUUCAGCCAACUCAAACUUGACAGCUGGAUUGUUUUUCCUCCAAAGUACAACCCCAGAUACUGCAGAGGUGUCUGCCCGAGGAACAUGGGCUUCAUCUAUGGCUCACCAAUCCAUACCAUGGUGCAAACCAUCAUCUAUGAGGAGCUAGACCCCUCUGUGCCCCGGCCCUCGUGUAUUCCCUCCCGCUACAGCCCGCUGAGUGUCAUGAUGUUUGAGAAGGACGGAUCCUACGUCUACAAGGAGCUUGAAGACAUGGUUGCUACAAGGUGCACGUGUCGCUAAGCUGACACAUGACCAGAUAGGCCUUCCAACAGUCGUCACCACUACCUCAGAGGGUCAGAUAUUCUGACCAGGCUCAAUGAUUUCAGGAAUUUAUACAAUUGUGCAUGAUCUAGAGCAGGUGUGUUUACUUAAACGAGAAGUAUUUUAUCCUUGUGAAAAAUGUGGAAAACGUGACAUUUAAUUCCUUUUUGUUAAGGUGUGACAAGAGAGCUACAGAUGCAUCCUCUUGUUCACCUCGCGGUUUGGUAUUGAGUCCGACACACUCGAAGAAAAUGUGUGUAUGAUUAUUUUUUGUUAACUUAUUUUGGGUGGGUGGUCUUCCAUUAUUCUUUAAUUUAUCACAGUUGCCAUGUUUUAAGUAGCCCUGUUGUGGAUAGAAGAUGAAACUGCAGUUACAAACCCUUAUUCAAACCUUUUACAUAUCGUUUUAUUCCUGGGGGUUACAGACAUCUGUCUUCAUAAUGUCCAGAAUGAAAGUUGUCAAGGUUUCAGUGUGUAUUUAUUACUUCUGUUUACUGAGUGACUGCAUACAUAUGAAUUGACUGCAUUCAUCUGUACUGGUUGAAUGUGACUAAAUGCAUGUCAUGUCUAUUUAUACAAAUUGAAUGAAUUCACUGUGUCUGUGCUCAGUUUAAGGACAUUCAAAACUGAAAUGACAUAUGUUGACAUAUUCUCUGAAAAGAUGGAAAAUAAAAAAAUUUGCAGACA